CGGAGGGGAGCCCCUCUCCUGCUGCCAGUUCCCUCUGUACCGGGCCCGAAGUACCACCUCUUAGCCCACACCACACUGUCACUGUCACACGUCCAGGACAGCUUUCGCACGCAUGACCUCAUCAUUUCAGGCAACGAAGAGUGUUCGUACUGGCUGCCACUCUAUGGCAGUAUGUGUUGCCGCCUCGCAGCUCAGCCUCACUGUAUGACCCAACAGAUGAUGAGCGGGUGCUUGAAAGUUAAGCAGCAGUGUGGAGGUGACCCUCAGAGUUGGACAAAAGUUCACGCCGUUCUCAAAGGAACAAGCCUUUUCUGCUACUACCGGCAAGAAGAUGUGGAGGCUAACGUUGAGCCAGCUUUCACUAUUGGCAUCAACAAGGAGACCAGAAUACGUGCAUCAGAGAAAGACCCUCUCAGUAAAGUUCAGAAUAUCUGCAUCAGUAACCAUUACGGAGGGGAGGAGGUUACGCACACUGUGACCACAGACGGCCGCGAGGAGACACACCGCUGGAUGGAAGCCUUUUGGCAACAUUUCUAUGAUAUGAGCCAGUGGAAACAAUGCUGUGACGACUUAAUGAAAAUUGAACUUCCGUCGCCACGAAAACCAGCUCCUAUCACACCAAAACAAGGCUCUUUGUAUCAUGAAAUGGUUAUUGAGUCAUCUGAUGACCUCAGCAGCACCGUGUCAGACAUCCUGGCUCGGAGAAUGCAGGAGCUGGAGCUCCGUAGCCAGCUAGGCACCUCUCCCACCUGGAUGUCUGCUUUUGAGGAGAGCACUGCCAGAUGUACUGGUCGCUCUCGUCACUGUACUCGCAUGUCUGGCCACAGCCCCUGCACCCCUCAUCGACUGCCUCGGAGUCCUGUGAGUCCUCACCGCUGCCCUCAGCUCGGCCUGCUGUCUUCAGACGCAAGUCUGACCUCAGAUAGCGACAGCCACUGUAGCACCAGUCCCUGCUCUCACCACCACGGCUGGCCUGAACCUACUUCCAGCUACUCUCUUUUGUCGUCUUCCCCCUCACGUCUGAGGCCACGCACUCUUUCUCUGGAUGCUAAGCUCAGCACCCUUCGAGGGAGAGGGUACGGAGGUGGAGGGACCUUCCAGUGUUCCUGCCAGCCGCCUCCCUCGUCCCUGCUUGCUCCUCUCCCCAUCUCCAGUUGCUCCCCCCGGUCACAGCACAGCACACAAACCACGCUAUCCUGCUCCAGCUCCACCUCAAGCAACAGCUCCAGCAACAGUGAGGGCAGCCACAGCCCAGAGUCAUCAGAGGGAGGCCCCUUCUCUAGGCCCUCCCCAGCUCGACGCAGCCUAAGAAACCUCAGGGCCAGACUUGAUCCUCGUAACUGGCUCCAGAGUCAGGUGUAAACUUCAUUUCUGACAGUUUCUUUAUUUUUUUUGCUUGCCUAAAGGCAACAGUGCUUAUUAAACCACGGUUUAACUAGCUUAACACACGUGAACCAAACUCAGGCAAUCUGCGAUGCCACAUGCACACCCUGAGAAGGAUGCCUCCAGCCUGCCUCUUGGUGGAGGACGAGCCAUGGAAGACCCUUCUUGGGCAAACUGGAAUGUCUUCUAACACAAAAGACAGGUGACAAUCACUGCAGGAGUCUCUGACAUUUGCUCGGUUGCCACAGUGUUUCAAAACAGUCCAUAAGUAAUUGGGAGGUACUCUGCUUGCUUUGAGAAUUGAUGGUAAUGCUGCUUGGAAGAAGGUGAUGCUAACAGAUAAGGACAUGCUCAAAUUCAUGCCACACUAGGUCUACUUUCUGUCUUUGAAAAUCUGAUUUUGAAACUGGAAAAAAUAAUAACAAACUAAAAAACAAAACAAAAAAAACACAGUUUUUUGUCUGCACAAGUGAUCCUGGCCACUCAAACAUGGCCAUGUCUGUUAAUGCACUAGUCGUAUUUUGACUGGAUGUUUCCUGUUAUGUUCGAAAAGUUUGCAGUGUUUGCAGUAUAGAAGCCAGUUAGCAUGAGGUAAUAUGAACACGCAAGACAAACAGGUAAAACCAGUCAAGAUUUUUCCAAUAUUAGAGACUGCUAUGUGUAGAGGGAAGGGUUAUUUGUCGCCUGUACUGUGAUACUUGUUUCAGUCUACUUAUUAUUCAUGCUAUUUGUGGGGUCUCCCAGAACGACUAUGCACCAUUUUUGUUUUCAUGCAUGUUUUGACUGGCAGUUAAAAUAUUUCUUUGUCAGAUCAUUUCAAAUGACCCUGCAAGUGCUCAUACUUACUGUACUGGUUAUGACUGUGAUCUCUUCAGGGUAAAAAAAAUCUGUGCUCUGCUCUUAUCUGCACACUAUUGACGGGCUGCCAUCAGACUAAGUAAUAGAUUUGUAUGCACACAGUGCAACUCCUAAGCAAACUGAUUAUAACCAAAGCUCAAUUAUUAUUGAAAACCCAAGCCAUACUAAUCUGCAGCUUUAUUUGUUUUCAGUUUCCAAUCCUGCCGUCCAGCGAUUUAUUAUCACGCGACAAAGAAAGAAAACUGAUUUAAUCUUGGCGAAAUUCUAAAAAACAUUCUAAAGAAACGUGUGCUUACAUGAACUCUAGACAGUCACCUUUUUAAUGAUUCGUUAACACUGCCGCCCAUUUGUUGUUACAUUUUUGCUAGUUAGACAGCUCAGAGCAGUUACUUCUUCUUACAGGAAAACUGAGUUAAAACCUUAUAGGGUUGGUGUUGUCAGUGCAGUAAAGCUUUGCCUCUUUUUUUCCCCGUUUCCGUGUUUAUUGUGGACUCUGGAAGCCGUUGCCCUCUUGGGGACUCAGAACUCGAACCAUUUUUACUAAGAUCUGUUGUACGCUGAACGACAGCAUUUGUUACUGUAAAUUAAUUUUUAUAAGUUAACAAAUAAACCUCCUGUAUUUGUUUUUGGGUUUUUUUUGUUACAUUACUGAAUUUGUUAUAAAUGCAGCUGUGUUGAUAUUUGAUGAUCAUAAUAUUAGAUAACGUGCAGAUCUUUUAACUGUCACAGAUAACAUUGAAUGUUAUAACCUUGGCGGAGUUUCCCGUGUUGGCAGGCUUCGUGUUCUGCAUGUAUGCCAUCCUCGGAGGUGAACUGAAAACGAGAAAUGUGGAAAUCUCGUGUUGAAAUAAUAUAACAUUAAAUAAAUGUUUUAUCAAUUAAAAA